AUGGUGCACCCAGAUAAUAUUUUAAGUAAAUUAGCUUCUUUAGUCGAUGUUAGUGCGAGUAUCGAUGAGGCAGUCGCAAAUGUGGUAGAUGUCGGAGGUGACUUUACUAGCAAGCACGACUUUGAUGAUCGUGAAAGCAUGCUAACAUGGAUUCGUCAGAAAUCAAUUGACCUUGGAUUUGGCGUGGUAAUCGGAAGAUCAGAUAAUGGUACCGCAAGAAGAAACCCGAUUGUUACAAUGUUGUGCGAGAAAAGCGGGAAAUACAAUCCUCCUUUAAAGAAGUUUAAAAAAGGCGACACGGGUACUAGAAAUUACGAGUGUCCAUUUAAAAUCCGUUGUUAUAUGUUGGCUAGCAAGAAGUGGAGAAGCUCUGUUAUUUGUGCUUUGCAUAACCAUGACUUGUGCGCAAAAUUACAAGGCCACCCUAUGGCAUGUCGGCUCAAUCCGGUUGAGAAGGUAUCUAUUAAAGACAUGUCCUUGAAUUUUGUCCAACCAAAAAAUAUACUUGCCACAUUGAAAAGGAAGGAACCCGUCAAUAUAUCAAACAUAAGGCAAGUGUAUAAUCAACGGUACCGCAAUAAUAAGGCGAUUAGGGGUGAUAGGAACGAGAUGCAACAAUUGUUGAAAAUGUUGGAUGAUAACAAAUAUAUAUCGCGGUACAGAAAUUGCGAUGAUGAGGUUACGGUCCGAGAUAUUUUUUGGAUUCAUCCAGAUUCGAUAAAGUUGUUCAACACUUUCUCGACGGUGCUCCUUAUUGAUUCUACCUACAAGACCAACAAGUAUCGACUUCCAUUAUUUGAGAUGGUCGGUGUAACAUCUACCGAGAAGACUUUUGUCGUUGGUUUUCCUUGGGGUGGAGAUUACGCACCGGUUUCGCAUUGGAUGAGAUUCCCGGACAUGGGACAUCUUAUUGCGGAUAUAUGA